CGGGUUGGUUGAGACAUACAAGCCCAUCUUGAUCGCAAAGUGUUGAGGAGCGAAACCUAGUGCAAAAUGAAAUCCAUGCUCAUUUUCGGCCUUGUGGCGAUGUGCGUGCUGGUGGCCAGCGCCAGCGAGGAGGCGCCCAAGAAGACCGUGGAGGCCGCCGAGCCCGCCGAGAAGAAGCAGGAGAAGCGCGGCAUUGGCCACGGCCUGGGCUACGGCUAUGGACCGUCGGCGGGAGGCGCCGUCCUGGGAUCAGGCAUUGGAAUCGGAGUCGGAGUGCCAGUGGCACCCGCCGUCGCCGAGCUGCCCACCCAGGUGCACACCAACACCGUGGUGAGGACCGUCCAGGUGCCCUACCAGGUGGAGCGUCACGUGCCCUAUCCCGUGGAGAAGACCGUCACCUAUCCCGUGAAGGUGCCCGUCCCUCAGCCCUACCCCGUGGAGAAGAUCGUCCAUGUGCCCGUCAAGGAGAUCGUUAAGGUGCCCGUCGAGGUGCCCCAGCCCUACCCCGUCGAGAAGGUGAUCCGUGUGCCCGUCAAGAUCCCCGUCGACCGUCCCUACACCGUGCACGUGGACAAGCCAUACCCCGUGCCCGUGGAGAAGCCCGUGCCAUACACCGUCGAGAAGCGUGUGAUCCACAAGGUGCCCGUGCACGUGGAGCGUCCAGUGCCCUACAAGGUGGCCGUGCCCGUGCCCGUCCAUGUUGAGAGCCACGUGAAGCCCGCCGUGGCCGUCACCCACACCGUUGCCGCCGCUCCCGCCUACAUUAGCUCCGGACACGGCAUCUCCGGCUACUCCGGCCACGGCAUCUCCGGAUACUCUGGUCACGGAAUCUCCGGACACGGCAUCUCCGGACACGGAAUCUCAUACGGCGUCUCCGGACACGGUAUCUCCUCCUACGGCAGCUCCGGCCACGGUGGCUACCUCCACAAAAAAAUAGACACACCCUCGAUUAAAACCGGGAUCAGUUCUCGUCCAGUUCUCGAAUCGCGUGCCACAAUACCUGGGAAAACGGAUUUUCAUUCCCGUACAUCGAAGGAUAAACGCAGCAGCAUGAAGUUGAUGCGCACAGCGACAUCGCUGGCUCUGGUCCUGCUCCUGGCCACCAGCUACGCUCGGGCCGAGGACGAGAAGGCUGCCGCUCCCGCGGAGGAGAAGAAGGCUGAGCCGGAGGCCAAGGCUGCCGAGGCAGCGGCCAGCGAGGACACCACCAAGUCGAAGCGCGGCCUGCACCACUACGAGGACUACCACCACCACCACGUGCCCCACUUCCCGGUGCACGAGGAGAAGACGCUCACCGUGAUCAAGAAGGUGCCCGUGCCCGUGCCCAUCGAGAAGAUCGUGCAUGUGCCGGUGGAGAAGCACAUCCAUGUACCCGUUAAGGUCAAGGUGCCCAAGCCCUAUCCGGUGAUCAAGCACAUUCCCUACGAGGUCAAGGAGAUCGUGAAGGUGCCCUACGAGGUGCCAGCUCCCUAUCCCGUCGAGAAGCAGGUCCAUGUGCCCGUCCAUGUGCACUACGAUCGCCCCGUGCCCGUUAAGGUUCAUGUGCCUGCUCCUUACCCCGUCGAGAAGAAGGUUCAUGUGCCCGUGAAGGUCCAUGUGCCCGCUCCUUAUCCCGUCGAGAAGAUUGUCCACUACAAUGUGGAGAAGCACGUGCAUGUGGACAAACCGUAUCCGGUGGAGAAGGUGGUCCACUACCCCGUGAAGGUGCCCGUCGACAAGCCAGUGCCGCACUACAUUGACAAACCAGUGCCCCACUAUGUGGACAAACCAGUGGCCGUGCCCGUGAUCAAGAAGGUACCCGUGCCCGUCCAUGUGCCCUAUGAUCGUCCCGUUCCCGUCCAUGUGGAGAAGCCAGUGCCGUAUGAGGUCAAGAUCCAUGUGCCCGCCCCCUACCCGGUGAUCAAGGAAGUGCCCGUCAAGGUGGAGAAACAUGUGCCCUACCCCGUCAAGAUCCCCGUGGAGAAGCCCGUCCAUGUUCACAUCGAGAAGCACGUGCCGGAGUACCAUGAGAAGCACAUCACCUACAAGGAGCCCGAGUUCCACCACAAGCACAUCGAGGAGGACCACCACCACGCCCCCAUCCACCACCACUCCCAUUCGCAUUCGCAUCCCAUCGUGGAGCAUGAGCACGAGGUGGAGCAUGAUUUUGCCUCUCAUGAUUAUCAUUCAUAUUACGGCUACUAAACUGGUGAAUCGAACUCUUCUCUCUUUCUCUCCUCUUCUUUCGCUUUUCUUUGCAGCAUUGAGAAUGAACUGGGAUGGCAAGCUAAGACACUUCCAUUUCCACUAUUUCCCAAAAUAGAAAAUCCGAAACAUUGAGAACCCAUAACCCGCUACACACAUCACUCCUCCAUUCCACUCCAUGUCAUAUCAACUACCAACUACCAACCACCACUUUCCCACACACUUUGCUAUGCAGAACGUGAUAACCGACAGAGAUUCAGAAACCAGACGAGUAAUAGACGAACUUAGCUUUUAGACCGAACUCUCUUCUAGCCGUAAGCCAUACAAAAAAAAAAAAGAAAAGAAAAACAGAACACAAAAGGAUACCUUGAAACGUUGACGAAACCCGUGAGCACUGUGAAUGAGUGGAUUGUAAAGGAACUUUAGUUUUAGACUUCUAAGCGACACAUUUGGGCCGCACAGCCCACACAACAAGAACAACCAAGAACACCAACCCACUUCCCGCCCCUCCAAGACACUCGAUCGGAUACAGACAGUUGCCAAAUCCAGGAUACCAGGAUGCCAGGCUUGUUGUACUGCGAUGACGAUGUGGAUCUUUGGAUGGACGGAAGCGACACCACCUGGGUGCAUCAUCGAUGUGGUUGCUGCUGCUGUUUUGUCCUCCAGCCGCGGCUCCUCCCUCUUCUGCUCUGGUCCACCCCGACUCGUGCACCCGGUCCGGUUCCCAAAUGCGAUCGAUCUAUCCCGGCCCAUCUCAGAGAUCGGGAUCGGGAUCCAGAUACAGAUACAGAUCCAGUUGUGUGCAGCGUCCCAGCGUUGUGAGCGUGUGAUAAGACUUCUGAUAGCGUUUAAGCUUGUGCGAUAUUCGAGAUAGGGAGACGCCUAUUUAAGUCAGUUUGUAAUCGAACGUAUUGUAUUAGUUUUUGUAAUAUUCUUCGCUACCUAGUUUGUAAUACGUCUAUGUAAUACUGCUUCUUUGCAUAUAAGCAGACGAAACGGAUUUAUAAAAAGUACUUAAUUUACCAAAUAUUUUUGACUCUGUAUAAAAGCUAACAAAAAAAUCUCAUACAAAAUGAAGCUGAUGAAUGACACACAAUUAAAUAAAUGAAAAACUAAGUGAUCAAACGAA